UCGGACUAGCAUAAAAAACAUGAAUAAAGUGUCAUUUCCGCCUUAAAAGCAUUUGUUGAUCUCACAACUUUUUUCUUAACAAAAACAAUAUUUUUUUCCUAUUUUACAAAAACCCAUAAUCAUCAUUUUACCGUUUUUAGCACAAAUCAAAGUUUCUGUAAAGCAGCAGGAGUUUGUUAGUAAUUCACCUCAGAGUUAUAGGCAGGAUAGUUGAGGCAAAACAAGCCCGACCCCACUUCCCAUCACCCAUCUGGCCACGAAUUGAUAUUGAUUUAUUAUUAACGUAUUUUAAUAUUCCAUAUUUCAAUGUUUUAUCGUUUAUUUAUUGUUUACAUUAAUCGAUCUGUUUAAUUUUUAUUCCCAUUUUAAUUUUAAUUUUAAUUUGUCAUUUGGCUCCUCCCCCUCUGGGUCGGCUGCUCUUCACUGCAGGUCUAGAUGGGGGCCUGCAUCGCCGCCCAGCUGUGGGGAGGCGGGGUCUCGGCUGUGAUGCUGCCUAUGCGACCAAAAUAGAGAGGGAGGUCCCGAAUAUUAGCGUUUCCAUCAACCAAUCUACGUGCUCAGCCUGUAUCAGCUAAGAGGAUGCUUCCAGACGGUGGUCCAGCCGAGCAAAGGCACCACGGUGACGGUGUCCACCACGCCGUCCGCGGCUGAGUGUGGGGUGUGCACGGUCAGCGAGGCCAACGUCACUUCUUGUUUCCCCCUCCUGCCUGUGGGGCCUGAAGCUGAAGCCAAGCUGCUCUUCAACUGCUCCCAGCCGCUGGAGCAGGCGUUCACAGUGACGGUUCAUCAGUCCAUCGAUUGCACUGAGACCUCCUGCCAGCCUCAGACCAUAGAAGUGCAGCCGUCCAUCCUGUCAAAGUUCCCCCGAACCUUCACCUGGGAGGUGACGGCCCCCGAGCAGACCAUCGUGAUGCUGGACAUCCUGGGAGAUGGGCUCAUGGCGACGACGCAGCCGUGCUCCGACGGUCUGCAGUAUUCUGUGGCAGCAUUCAAAACCGACGACAAAGACCCGACCCGGUACUGUCGAGCUGGAGACGUGACGCGACUGCUGCUGGUGGACCGAGCUUUUGUGUCUCUUCACGUGAAACCAGAGACGGUUGUUGACCCGGUGUUGUUCCAGGCCUCAGCAGGACCUCUGGAGGGACCGAAAAUGGACAUAACCGUUGGUCCCAGUUCAACAGUAGUCCUGAGCAAUGACCCGGGGAGCCCCAAAUGCAGCGUGUGCACUGUAGACGGCUCAGAGGCUGAUUGCAGCCAUUCAGGGAAAACGCUGACCAGCGGCAAAAAGUUCACCCUGGAGUUCAGAUGCCUCAGACCGCAGGAUGUGUUCAGGGUAACCAUGGAGACGAAAAUGGAUUGCACACCAACUUCCUGCACUCCUGCUGCAGCAGAGGUGGAUCCAAACUUCUUCAAGGACUUUAAAAGAACCCUAAUGUGGGACAUCAGCCUCCCUUCCAGGACCAUUUUAAGCAUGAGCUUUCCUGUUGGGGGAGUUAAGGAGAUCGAUAUAGGAGAUAGUUGCCAGGAUGGUUACAGUUACACAACCAGUUUCAUUAAGAAGAAUGGAGAUUUAAAAACUAAUAGCUACUGCAAAGGUGGAACUGUGACUCAGUUGGAUUUUUUGGAAGCCCCAACUCUAAUGGCUGAAGUCCCGGGAGGAGCAGAACUGACCGGAAAAGUUUUCAGCAUUAGUGCAAGACCAACAGGUAGUAGAAUAAUGUCGGUGCAACUUGACCGCGACAUCGUCGUCACCAUUCGUAGAACCACCGAAGAGCCGGAGUGCGACGUGUGCGUGGGCAAGGAUCCCCAACAGUGUGACCCCCAGUACCAGAGGCUGACCUACAGUCCCAACACCACUGUGGAGUUCACAUGUCCUAAACCGGAGGAAAUCUUCGACACGGACAUUAACAGAGAAAUAGUCUGCACAGAAACUGUCUGCUCCGGCAACAGUGUCCAGACCAAGGACAUGUUUUCGAACUUUAACCGAACUUUUACGUGGGACCUGAAAGUCGAAUCAUCUCAGACUUUCCAGCUGGACUUUCCAAAACCGGGAAUGCGACAGAUCCCUGAAGAAGAGACCUGUCCGGAUGACCAUACCUACUCUGUGGUGGCAUAUCUUCGCUCCGGGCCAACAUCAAUUGGUACCUUUUGUAAAGGAGGUCCUGUGACCACAGUGCAGGUUCGUUAUAAGGGCCGUGUGGUGCUACGGGUACCUGGAAAGGUGAAGGUGGACCCGGUUGACUUUAAAGUCAAUGUUGGCCCAGGGACAAAAAUGGUUGCCAUAGCAAUAGUGGACCUGCCCCGCGGAGUGUCGGACACUGUCCUCUUCUCAGCAAACUACCUCAAACGGUUCCCUAAUGAGCAGCAGAUGCAGUGGAGCUUCAAUGUGCCCGGCAUGCACAACUACUCCGUGUCCUUCCUGGAUCACACGAAUCCAGAGUGUAUCCAAGACAAUGUGGUUGUGGAAUAUCAGAAAGAAAACGGAAAAAGUGUGCAGCUGUCUCUGACGGAUCCUCAGCCGCAGCACCAGCAAGGAAACUUUCAGAUGGUGCUGAAGAACUGUCAAACCAACACAUCACUUCCAGGGCUCACCUUAAGCUACAAGGUCUCUGUAAUGAGGAGCGGCCAUCCAGUUCUCAGCACUGUGGAUCUCACCAAGCAAGAAGGAAUAUCUCUGCUACUUGAGAAAAUAUCUGCGGACCCAUUUUGUGAGAUGAGCAUAAACUCUGUGGUCAAAGAGAAGAUUCUGGUCCCAGCAGGAACAAAAGCCAGCCUCUCCUUCCUUGACUGUCCGAAUGAAGAUGUCCGCCUGACUGCCAACAAAGUCAUCGACUGCCAGGGGAUGAAGUCAUGUCCGUCCGCGGCCCUCUCUGUGCCGAAUUUGGACUUGUCUCUGCCGAUGCCUCUUCACAGUUUCACAUGGAACUUUACCAUCCCCAACAACAGCACGUUGGACCUGGUCGCUCCCGUGGGGAACCUCAAACAGUCCCUCCCGGGACAGGAGUGCAGUCGGGCUUCAUCGUUCCAUCUGGCUGAGUAUGACGGAUUUCCCAUCGGAGAUUUCUGUUUCGGUGGAACGAUUCAGAAAAUCCAGGUCCACACCAAUGCUUCCAUCACAACCCCGGGCAGGGACUUCAAGAGGUCGACGAUGGCUCUGCUCAACGUCAGUGUCACUGAGGAAAUCUCGGAGGGACUUAUCUACACGAUCAUCCCAGAAGUGUCGUCUCCCACCACGCUGGUCUCCCCCAACUGGCCCAACGGAAUGAAAAAGCUAUCCACCAUAUCCUGGAACGUCCACGUUCCUGAUCAGUACAAAGCCCUCCUCAAGUUUGUCAACGUCAGCCAGCCCAAAUGUUCCAAAGUACACGCCAUCAUCUCCGUGCAGAUGAUGGGGCGAGAGGAGGAGGUACUGAGCCGCACCGAGACGGAGAAAAUGGAGAAGCAAUUAUUGGUUUCCCAUCCUUUUUAUCUCAACAUGAUCAACUGUAAGCCAGAAACCGGGAGUUUAAGUCUUUUGACUGAAGUUGUUCUAGAAAAAAAGCUCCCUCUGUUAGCCAUCGUGCUUGGAUUAGUAGGAGCUCUUGUGGUGUUGGGCAUAGUGCUGGCAGUCGUCUGUGUCCUAACAAGGAAAAAGAAGAAGAAGUUGAACAAGGAGAACUCCGCCUACGUGACUAAAGGAAACAUCUUCCGCCCGAGUGACCGACACUUCACCAAGACCAGAUCCGAGAACGAAUCCCACGUGUAUGCCUCCAUCGAUGAGUUUCUGGUCUACGGCCAUUUGCUGGAUAGCACUCCCUAUUCCGACUCCCUACCCAGCGAUAAAAUGCAGGUGGACAGCUACCAAACGUUCACUGGCACCACGGACGGAGCGCUGCCGGUCAUUAACGAACCGGAUCCAGAGCCUGAAACGGGCCAGUACAAAGCUUUCCUGGCCCCCUCUGAGACUUUCAUCCCAUCUCGUCCACACACUCCAAUCCAGGCCCAGGACAGCCUGGACUAUCAGGACCGCAGGAUGGUCGACAAUGAACUCUACACCUUCAAGAACACAGGAGACAUCAACACCAUCCGACUGUCUGCUGUGGAGCCGGACACCUCCAUGUCAGACGAUUACUUGUAGUGUCGGUGCGGUGGACGGCUGCUACCGAACCCGUCGUCUGCAGAUGGACACUUGUACCUGGAUCACCGUCGGUGCAGAACUCGUCCCAGAGCUUCAACCUAAAAGCUGUGAGCCGCAUCUUUGCAGGAAUAGUUUCACUUUUUUACAGAGAAUUUGAAUCCUGCAGUUUUUUUAAGGGAGAAACAGAUUUCUGAAUGUGGAUCUGUGAAAGGACUUUUUUUCACUCUCAACCUGCAAAUGGAUUGAGAAUUAUUAAUUAUAAAACAAUAGUUUUUUAAAAUGAAAGUUAAUGUUGACUAACUUGUUUUUAUGAUUGAAGCAUAAAAAUCAAUCAUAAAUUACAAAGUUAGAGAUUUUCUAAAGGGUUUUGUUUUCUGUUUUUAUUCCCUGUCCGUUUAAGAUUAAUGUUUAUUAAUAUUCAUUUUGUUUUUUUUGUUCAUAGAUUGUCAUCUUGUGGUUUUUUUCUUUUUUUUUUCAGAAAAACAAACCGGUUUUUGUCAAUUUGGAUUCAUUCUACAGAAGUCUGUUGCUCAAGAUUUCUAGAGUCUUCAUUUGUGGGAAUAUUCUAAAAUUGUUUGUGUUUUUUUUUUUAAGAUUCUUUCACUUUUUGUAAAUAUUGUGCUUUGAAAUAAAGUCCUACAAAUAGGUUAGAGGAAGAAAAAAGCUUCACUCAGGCGACCGCCUAAGCCUCAACCUACAAUUUUCGAUCCGAAGGAACGAGUCCAACCACAAGAGCUGGAGCCACAAAAACAGUGAAGGAGCUCUCCAUGGAAAAGUACCGGAGAGGGAGCGGCUGAAGUCACGUUUAAAUCAAACAAUCAAAUCUCCUCACCAAUUUCUCCUCUGAAUGUAGACUCCCUCCAUAAACGACAACACCAGGGUCCAUUCUCGGUUUAUUGAAAGGUGGUUUAGCAGGUUAGAUCCCACAAAAUGAAUCAGAAAAACACAAAGCUGGUUAUUUGGCAGAGUCAUAGAAUUAAAGCCUCGAGCGUCAGAAUAUGACCCGCAGGUGCUACCCACCCCCACCCUCGCUGGCUGCAACACGCCCCUCACCCCAGUCAGCGUUACAUAUGACGUCAUUAAAAAAAACAA